UUCCUGACACGACACUUUUAUGUGAUUGGCCCAGCCUUGGUUCAGGGGCGGGUGCUCCAAAGGCUUUACUGAAAUCCUAUUGGACGAGGAGCGCCUUGGUCGACGUGACGCAGCUUGGAAUUCCCAAAGUUCCCAAGUUCAGAGGAGGAGAGGAGCGUUGUUCUUACUAAAAAACAAAACGUUUUGAAGGGAAAAAAAACAGCCGACGACUGAGCUGUAGGCAAGUCGGAAUAUCAUAAAGCUGAAUCUGCACCGUACUGUGCCAAGUUGAGCCUGAAGAGGGCGAUGUCUGACAACAGCAAUAGCACAGGCAGCAGUGCGUCCUCAACCAACAGCUGGACCCUCCUCUCCCCCGAGGAAGCUGCUGUUGAGAAUGUCGGGCCUGUGGACGACGGCACUGAGAGCCUGGGUGACGUCCCCAGUCUCUCUGAGGAGGUUGCAGGGGCUGCUGCAGAGUUCAAACCAAGUGACAUUCCAGUAGAAACUGUCCUGUCUGAGGAAGGCCAUCAGGUGUGUCAAGAGACCUCUCCAGAGUCCAGUGAGGGUCCCAUCCCUUCCAGUCCAGCCCGAAUGAGUCCUCUUCCUCAAAACCCCCUUGACCCUGCAGACCUCGACCUGGAGAGUCAGCCUCCAAUUAUCCAUGAUAUUGACACCAGCUCCCCCAGUGACAAUGAGCAGCUGGGAGCCAUACCUUUUGUCACCAACAUCGAUUUGGGGGCUCCACUCGAUAUUCCCGCAGCUGAACUCCCCCCAUCUGAGCUUGAGGAGUCCUGCUCUGCUCCUCUCAUGACUGAGAUCCCUGUCUCUACUGUAUUUGACACACCUGCUGAUAUCGGACCGAUUUCUGUGAGCCCUCCUGGGGAGAGUCCUGUCUUCACUACCGAACUCGAGGUUGACAUCCCCACAGAGACCAUUACAGCCACUGAUCCUUCCUCUCAUGUUGAUGCUGAUGUGAGCUUUGUUCCAGAAAGUAAAGAGCUGCCGAGCUCAGUCUUGGUUACAGAAGACUCCACUGAAGAAAGUCCCGCACUAGAGACAGUUGGUUCAGUGGAGGCAGGGGAGGAGGCAGCAGUGGAACAGGAGGCAACAGAGCUGUCUGAGACAUUGACCCAGGAUGAGAGAGAAGAAGAAGAAGAGCCAUCAGCUAGUUUUGAUUUGCGCGACACAAGCAGCUUUGAUGACGGGCUGAGGAGGAGGAAUGUUCCCUCUUUCGAGGCUCCAAGACCAAGAACAUCAGAUGAGGAAGAUGAGGAUGAGGAAGUGGAGUUCAAGAUGCCUGAGAAGAAGGAGGAAAAGCCAUGGUUCUCCUUGAACAAAUGCAUUGUGGGAGCUCUGAUUCUGCUCUUUUUAGGUUCCCUCUUCCUUUCAGGUUUCCUCUCUGACCUGGAUUAUGGUGACUUUGACGCCUCUGAACUGAGUGAUGGAGAACAAAGCCAGGACUGGCUUAGCAGUGAUCCACAGGAUAUGAAAGAGUUAUUGGAUAAACUGACACAGGAAAACCAACAAAUCGCGCUGCUAGAGGCUCAACUACAGUCUCAGAAAGAAGAACUCGACGCAGCACUGAAGGCAGUAGCAGUGAGUGGUGAUGAAAAAGGUAAAGCAGAUCUUGAAAAAGAAAAUACAAAGUUGAAGGAGGAGCUGUUGUCUCUCCCUGAACUGAAGAAAGAGCUGGAGAGUCUGAGGGCCAGGGUAACUGAACUCAACCAGCUUACAGCCAAUCAGAAAAUGUCUGUGGCUACUCCUACUUCAGCCCCUCAGCCUGUUGACAAAGAUGGCCAGAGUAAGCAGAAAGCAGCUGGACCUGAGAGGAGAGAGGACAUAAAUGAGGGAGGCAGGCUGAAGGAGGAACUCCAGAAACAGAAGGUUCUUUUAGAGGAGAGCAGAAAGAGACUGGAGGGGAUGAGAAAAGAUGGAGGUGGUGGGAAAUAUGUCAGGGACAGUUUGGAGGAGAUCCAGAAGAAGCUCUCUGAACGAGUUGAGAGGUGGGGGAAGAAGAAGCCACAAGAGUCCAAAUGGAAAGGGAACAAGGGCAAAAACAAUGAGCGGGACCACUGGAAGAAACAAGAAAAGAAAGAGUGGAGAGGAGAGAAAGAGUGGAAGCACAGCAAAGAGGGAGGGUGGAAGGACAAAGAAGAUAAGAAGGAAAAUGAAUGGAAGUCUCAGAAGCAAAACUCUCACAAAGAGGCCUGGAGGAAACACCAGGACGAGUGGGAGAGGAAGAAGGACGAGCGCAGAAUGGACAGAGAGGAGAGGAGGAAGGAGAAACCAUGGCACAGCCAGCCUAGUAAAAACCCUCGCCACCACAGUCAUCAUCAUCAUCAGCAUCACCAUCGUGAGCCCCACCAGCCUCAUCAGCACAACCACAACGAUUUCUGGAGAGACCAGGAGCAGAAACUCCGGCGCAACGUCCACCCCCAGCUGGGCUGCAGCUCUGUGGACAACUGCGCCAGCAAGGAGGGGCUCUAUGCAGUGGAGCUGUCUGAGUUUGAGGAACUGCUGGAGGGCUACCUGAGCAAGCUUGAAGGAUCUUCAUCCGAGAGCAAGGACAAGAUCCGAAAGCUGACUGCAGAGUUCUUCGAGGACGGCGUGUUUAUCCACGACAGGGUCCUUUUCAGCGACUUUGCUGAGGACAUAGCGGACAUUCUGGAGGACAUGGUGGACAUUUUAGAGGGUGAUGGGCAGAAGGACAACGACUCCCUGGAGGAGGAAAUGGAGGAAUUUGAACGAGAAGCCCUCUGGAAGUUUGCCGCCACAGCUUAAAUAGAGACACGUAGGGGGAAAGGAGUAAAAUAAAACACUAAGAUACAGCACAAGUGGUGGUUUUAUAGGACAUUUCUUGCCUACCUUCUCCUCUUCAGAGCUGUAAUUGUAGUAGCUUCUGGUACAGAGUGGUUGUGCCUCUCAUAAAUGUGUCCCUCUGAGUCUUUAAUUAUAAGCUAGACUUGUGCUUGUCAUUUUGGACUUAGUUGUUGUUACCUACCUCUGUCAGGUCAUGCCUCCUAAUGCAAAGUCCUUCAGUAAUGUGUUGUGUGGAUUUUCCUCUGCUAUAUAGUGUUUUCUCAGUACCUAGUGCAUGUUGCAGUUCAUAAUGUACAUUCUAAGUGAUAAUGUUCAGAUCACACAAACACAAGGUUUUAAGGAGAUGGUAUUUUUCUGUUGAGCACCAGUGCAGUUCAGUUAAAUAUAUUCAUACAAUACAGUAUUAGACAUGUUGUCAGUUACAGAAAGGCAUGUUAAAUUGACUGUUGAAUACUUUUCUGUCAUUUGACUGACUCUCUCUCCCCUGUCAGGGAAUGCAACCUUCCUCUCCUCCAAACAGGUUAAAACAAAUGCUAAGAAAUUUUUGUGGAGAUGAUUUGCCUCAAGUCGGCUGUGACUGUCUGAUCCCACAGGAUGAGAUUCCCGUUCUUUCGGUGAUAAUAAUAAGAUCCGGUCAGACCAGUUUUGUGUCAGCAGCUCUUUAGUAGAUUUGGGCAAACACACAGAGAGAGUGCUGUGUUAGAGCCCUAAGCGUUUGGUUUCUAGAUCUGAAAGACUUUUAUUGCUCUGACUCUCAACUGUCAGUUUACAGCAGAUGUGUGGAACAUCCAGGUGAAACCAACCUGAUAUACACACACACACACAUAUAUAUGUACAUGGCAUACACAGCCAUAGUGGAAGUAAUGACAGGUAAAUCACUUUAGCACUUUUCUCAAACAUUCACAUUUAAAGUUUUUUUUCAGUUCAUUUUUCAGUUUUUUUCUCUCUGUUUACUUUUUAUUUACAUUUUUUUUUUUAGACCACCAGUUCUCUUUAAUAUUUUUUUGUAAUGUAGCCAUGGGGACCUCCAACACAUGAUCUACAUACACUGGGUAUCCCAGAGCACACAGAGUAAAACAUGUAGAGUUUAGUGAUCUUUAGUAACCCCCAAAGUGUCUCAUUUAAUAAUUUCGUUAAUUUGUCUAAAGGAGACUGGCAACCAAACCAGUCAUUUUGCAUUUUCCUCUUAUUUCGUUAGCAGGUUGUUGCAAAUUGACAUACACACAGGUGACAUAGCACCUUUUUGGUUCUAGAAAAAAAGAAAAAUAAGGAAGCUGCUAAAUUUCAUGUUGUUUUCUAAGUUGAAUAACAGGCAAAGGUAAAACACGAAUGGUCUAUAAAGUGUUGCAGCAUUACGUUUUUAAUAGAAGUAAAACACUGCUUUUUUCUUUCAGGUUUGAUCUUAGUUAUAUUUGAUCAUGAAAGAUUCCCUCUUUAGGUGGAUGUGAAGUUCAAAUCGACAGAUUGUGAUUGUUAGUUCUCACUUUUCAGUGAUUGAAAGAAGCUUUGAUGUGUUAAUGUUUAUUUAUUCUGUCACUACACUGCAGCUCUUUUCUUUAUUUUUAACUAGAAGAACCACACUUUGUUCCAGGCCAUGCACACUAAAUGUGAAAAUAGUGAAGUUUUCAGUUAUUUUGGUUUUGAGAAAUGUAGUUUGCCAGCUACUGCGUACGUGCCUUUAAUAUUAGAGAUAUGUUUGAUUGAUCAAGAGGUCUUUGAUUUCGUUUGCUUCUGCAAGGUUAUAAAGAAAACAGUUUUACACAACUUUUGAUUCUAGUAUGUUUUUAUGGCAGAGAAUUAAUGUCAAAGGAUAUCAGAUAUUUGUUAAACUUUGUCUUUUCUGCUGUUUCUACAGAGGAACGCUUUCUUUAGACCAAAAAAAAAAAAAAGCUUAACCAGAACAGAUGAAUCCUUUAAUGAAACGCGU